UCCACACGACCAUACAUGGGCAAGGACGCGCCAUGUGCCAGGCUAGGUGCACCUUGAGGCUCUCGCGUGAAGUGUGGAAGGGUCACGGGACAGACCCGGCUGACUGAGAUGACCGGCAGAGGCCCCCAUCAGCUGUACCCCCCUCUCUCUCACAGUGUGCCAAGUCGCUGCGUUGUACCCACGCCUACUCCCCACAUACGGGCAGACCUCUUUCUGAUCCGGUGACUUUGUUUUGUCGGGGUGGUUGUGUCUGCUUUUAUUGUAGCUGCUGUACUUAGAGCGCACGUGGAGCAGAGCGCAGAGCCGGAGUCAUGCACGAGGACGCGAAUUCGUACGCGGAGUGCUGCGUCGUGUGUCAGGACGUGAACUGGGGCAUCACGGACGAGAGGAGCUUCUACUGCAAGUCGUGCAACACCGUGACGGACAAGGUGCUGGAAUGCGAUGACCCCAGUGCCUACUUUGACUCCUCGGCCAAAGUCAUCACCAUCAGCAAGGGCAUCAGGGGAAAGGACAAAUCUGGGCGCAGCUACACGUGGUACACGUGCGAAGGCUUUCAGAUGGUGCUGUGCAUGCAGGCAGAUGCCCUGCAAGCGUUGGGCGUUAAUGCUCGCCUCAAGGAUGAUCUUCUGCUGCACAUGUGGAGGCGCUACCUGCAGUACACGGCCAGGGCAUAUGUGGAACCCGGGGAGAGUGAAGCCCCUGCUAAGCCCCCGAUGACGAGCCCGGUGGAUAGCGGCAGUGAACUGAGCGUGAACCCCAUUGACCUGGAGAUGACGAGCCUGAACUCCUUCUCCGCCUGGUCGUCCCAGAGCGACGCCACAAGUGGUGAUGUCGGCAGCGGCCACUCCUCUGGCGAUGAGUGCGAGACUAAGAUGGGCUCGGUGGAUGGGAAGCUGCUGUCCCACAGCGGCCGCGUGGAAGACCUUCACCUCUCCCUCUCGCUCGCCUUCUGCCACCUGGCCCUGAUGUGGCUGCGCCAGCCGCCCACCCUGCUUGACCUGCUGAGGCUCGUGAGGUGUGGCACUGUGCCCUACGCCAGCGCCUUUGAGAGCUUCCCCGAGGAAAUGAAGAUCUACGGUCACGAUACUCGUUUCUUCAGACCGACUUGGUUGCCCCGCUACCGACUAGUCCUGCGCGAGUCUCAGCUCCUCGCUGAGUUCCUUGAGCUGCCGUGCUUCCCCGAGGUGACGGAGCGAAGCAUCGUGCACCCACAUGCGCUCGUCGCGAGCUUCCUCCAUCGCCUCUGCCUUCCCGACUCACUGCUGCCCUGGUGCUGCUGGGUGAUGGCCUUGCCACAGUUGCUCAUUCCCUCUCGGCUGACCUUUGACCCCACGGCGCGACGCUGGAAGACGCUGCGGCUGGAGCUGGUGGCGGUGGCGAGUAUCCUGGUGGCGCUCAAGCUGCUGUUGGUGCUCGACGACUGCACCGAGUGGAAAAUAUCGAGAGCCGUGAGAAAGCUCCCUGCCAAGCCAGGAGAGCCGUGGUUUUGCUUCGACGAUUGGUGCCGCGCGGCGACGCCUUUCGCUAGCCGAGAGCGCGACGCCGAGGCCCGCGUCGGCUCCCGGCGGGCCUGGGUGCAAAGCCGUACGUUCUACUACAGCUCCCGCAGCUACCACUUCAUGUGCGCCAAAAGGCAGAAGUUGGCGCUGGACCUGGAGCACCAGGUGCGGCGCUCGCUGGCCGGAGUGGAGCAGCAGGAGGCGCCGGGGCCUGGAGCUGACUCGGCGUCGCGUUUUUACGGCCACGCCGUCGUUGGCGUGAUGGACAAACGCCUCAAGAGAUGCGUUGUGAGCAGCGGACGCUACUGGAGCACGCCCCGCCAGCCUGGGAAACAUGGGCUGCCCCACAGCUUCCGCUUUGUGCUGGAGGUGACGGCAUCGCUGCUGGGGGCCGAGCAGAGUGACAUCCUCGGCGCGAUUCGCUCUAUCGAGAAGAAGUUGCUGCCGGCCGUGCGCGCGCUGCCCAGGCAACGCUAGUGGCCAAACUAUUAAACACCCUAUGAACUUUUUAUUUUAUCAGGUAAGGCCCACUAAGUUAUGUCGCUCUUUUUCAGAAGCGACCUGGCCACAAAUGAUAGCUCAAUGAAGUGGCUUAUCAUGUGGACAUUUAAACGCACAUUCGAAAUGUGGAGCGAAAAAACCGGAGCACCUGGAGAAAGAUUCCACGUGACCACGGGGAGAGAGACAUGCAACAAAUAUGCAGGCAUCGUCAGGGGUUGGGAUCGAACCCACGACCUGCUGCAUACCGGACGAGCUAGUUAACACCAAAACUUGCCCCCCCAACCCACUUCCCGCCGUUCGUCAUCCUUUCCAUGCGACAUCUCGCAAGUAUAUUCCGGCUGCAACAUCGGCAUCGAGGAACAGAACGCGUCCGAGGGGGACAUCUCCGAGCGUGGAGAUGGACCAAUGAGCUCAGUUCGUGUGCAAAGUGCUAGGUAAAUGUGUUCUUAGCGCAGGAUACUGAGAGGUGGCAACAGCCUGGAAAGAGGCCUUCGUCCAGCAGUGGAUUAAGCAUGGCUGUUGAUGAUGAAUCGUGGCGUUAAGGUCUUCUGGCAACGAGCAGUCGAGCACUUUGUUUCAGAGAAUGACCCCGGAAGAUAACAUCAGAACUACUUCCUCAGGUUCGUCAGCAGCCUCUCAUCCACACUAGGGGGCAUGCAUGCCUUUUAUGUUCCCUGCAAAGAGUGUUGCAAGGUCAUAAAACAUUUCAUUUUCAGAUCUUGAAGGUGCAGCGUUAAGUGAAACCCAAAUGUUACGCGUUAUUCUUGCGUGGAAUGGUUGGUGACUGGGCUUGAGAUCCGCGAUUGCGCUACACUUGAAAACCCGGCCUAAUCGCGGGCGGGUGAAAUCCCAACUCUUGGUGUCUCCAACACAGCCAUUCUGACCCCCUCAGCUGCCCGGCCUCCAAACACCCACCUCCUGUUUAUCGUUUCAAACACGUCAGCGUCGUUUCCUGCUUAUACGAGCGGGUGGUACUUAAACUAAACUAUAAACUAAAACUUUUAUUUUAACAGGUGAAGCUCACAGCUAUGAAGCUCUUUUUCAGAAGCGAACCUGGACACAAAUUAUAGCAAAAAGAAGUGGCUUAUGUGGAAACGUAUAGCAGCAAAAAUAGUCUAAAUGCAUGUUUCUAAAUGUGGAGGGAAAACCUGGAGAUGAAGCCACACGACUACA